AAUGGAAUGAGUUUCACAGCCAGAAAGAAACACACUAUUUCUGUGUCCCACCUAUGCCCAUCUCUCUCAUGUUUCAUUCAUUUAAGUCCACUUGUGCAUGCACACAGCCCUGAGUCCCAGUGGAAAUAUCUGGUUUCAUCUAAAAACAGAGUUCAUUGUUCACUGUCAUGAUAUUGAAGACUGAAACAAAACAGUAGUUUAUUAAGGACGCUGGAGAAGUGGGCCGUCCAGGUUUGUCCAGCAGGUGGGACGGGCCACAGAGCCACCCUCGGUCUCUUAUUCUCUGUCACAGACCUGAACAGCAGAAUAUAACAGCAGAGAUUUUGCAUGCGCGGACGUCAAAGAUGGUUUUUCUAACAACUAAAAUGAUGCAAAGGACUGCACUGUUUGUGACGUUUGGGGGCUUAGUCACUUCUCUGAUCACCACCUUCCUUCCCCUGUGGAAGACGAUGAACUCUGAUCUAAAUGAAGUGGAGAACUGGUUCUCGGGGCUGUGGCACACCUGCCUCUACACAGAGGAGGUAGGAAUCCAGUGUAAGGCCUACGAUUCAAUCUUGGGACUCCCGAUGGACCUGCAGAUCUCCAGGGUGCUCAUGUCGGUGUCUAUAGGCACCGGAGGCUUAGCUGUGCUGGCUGCCUUCCCCGGUCUGGAGGGGGUUGAGAUGUGCAUGGAGCAGCCGGGCAUAAAGAGAGCGCUGAUCAUCUUCAGCGGGGUGCUGUCAUGGGUGUCGGGACUCACCACUCUGGCUCCCGUCUCCAUUGUGGCCUACACGACUGUGGUGGACUUCUGGAACGAGGGUUUUCCUGAUGUGAUGCCCCGGUGGGAGUAUGGGGAGGCGAUGUUCUCCGGCUGGUUUGGAGGUUUGGCCCUGGUCAUCGGGGGGACCCUGUUCUUUGUAGCUGUGUGCAUGGGGGACUAUGAUCAGCGGCCACCAAGCGUGCCAAACAGCCCAAAGGUGAAGCACAGGACACAGCACUACCUGAAGACAGAGGUUCUAUAGCUUUGCUAUCAGCAUGAGUGAUAAUGUAAUUCAAGGCACAGGGUUAAACAUGUUUUAUAUGUUAAUUUCUUUCUGGAUUUGUCACUGAAAGUCACUUCUAUAAUCUGUGUUUAUCCUAAAGCAUGCAAAGUGAUUCAGCUGUAAUGGAAUGAAUGAAAUGUGAGAUUAUGAGCAACAGUUUUUAUUCCUAGAUGAAUAGAAUAGCACAACGGUUUAUUUAGCAGUAGACAUGCAAUGCACUGUAAAUAGAAUUAACAGAACCGUGAAUUCAUUUUCUUUUCAGUGAUUGUACUUGUGACCUAUAGCAGUGUUUGUGAUGUUUCUUUCUGUUUAUUCAGGCAAGUAACACUUAGGUAAAUUAAUGCGAUGCAUGAACAAGGCAAAGUAACGAGCGCGCACAUUUGUUCAUAGUGUGACAAAUGAAACUUGUACAAUGUAGAGCGAUGCAUGAUGAAUAAAUACUGUCUUUGUUCAUGCACAAGCCCCUCAGUUUACUGGGGAACCUGAUCUGAUCAAGGAUGAACGUGUCUAACAUCAGUGGUGUGCAGGCUCGGAGAGCCCACUUCCAGGCCAGAGGGAGAGUUGCAUUCCAGUGCUGCAGCUCCUCUGUGCUGAAUUUCGUUUUGGGGAGGGACUUGGCACCAUCAGCUCCUCUUAAUCCUUAAUGCACUCUGCCGAACACUGUGAUGCACAUUUUUGCGGAUGUCACAAAAAAGAAACGAUACAGAAUAAAGUGCUCAGAUCAG